AUGGUUUAUAAGAUUCCAUUGUUAGUCGAACCACUUGUUUCUGAUCGAGCCAAGAAGUUAAUCGAGCUUCUUGACGACUUUGUCGAGGUUGUUCCAAACGUAAUUGAAGAACUCAAAAAGAAAGCUCGAAAAUUGGGUUUAUGGAAUUUAUUUUUAUCAAGAGACUACAAAGAGGGCGCUGGCCUUACAAAUUUAGAAUAUGGUUUGAUGGCAGAGAUCACAGGCAAAUGUUUGCGUCUUGCGCCAGAGGCCAUAAAUUGUUCAGCUCCAGAUACCGGCAACAUGGAAGUCUUUGCAAAGUAUGGUACUCCGGAACAAAAAGCCCGAUGGUUAACUCCACUUCUCGAAGGCAAAAUUAGGUCUGCUUUCGCAAUGACCGAAAAGGCUGUUGCUUCUUCUGACGCCACAAACAUUUCAACGUCGAUAGUUCGUGAUGGUGACCAUUACAUCAUCAAUGGACACAAAUGGUGGAUCUCUGGUUCUGGUGAUCCGAGAUGUAAGGUGUUCCUAUUGAUGGGAAAGUCAGAUCCGAAUAACAAACAAAAGCAUCGGCAACAGAGCAUAGUGAUAGUUCCGGCUGACGCGGAAGGGAUAACUAUUGUUAGGCCAUUGACGAUUUUUGGAUACGAUGAUGCGCCAGAGGGGCAUUGUGAGAUUAUUUUCAGAAAUGUACGAGUCCCGAAAGAGAAUAUCAUUCUUGGCGAAGGACGAGGAUUUGAGGUUAUUCAAGGACGUUUGGGACCCGGAAGAAUUCAUCAUUGCAUGCGAAGUAUCGGGGCAAGCGAAAGGGCUCUCGAUCUGAUGUUAUUACGAGUAACAGAUCCGUCUCGUAAAACGUUUGGUAAACUGCUCGCCCAACAUGGGACUAUAGUUGCUGAUAUUGCCCGUAUGCGUAUAGAAAUCGACCAAGCACGACUUUUUGUUCUCAAUGCUGCUCAUAUGAUUGACAAGAAAGGGGCUAAAGGAGCCAUGAAGGAGAUUGGGAUGGUCAAGAUCGUUGCUCCAGCAGUUCUUUUAAAUGUACUAGAUCGGUCGAUACAAGCUCACGGAGCUGGAGGCGUGUCUGAAGACUUUCCGCUUGCUGCAAUGUAUGCUGCUGCACGUACGCUGAGAUUUGCUGAUGGCCCUGAUGAAGUCCACAUUCAACAGGUUGGAAAACUAGAACUUAAGAGAGCGGAUGAAGUUAGAAAGAAUGCCGAGAAAAGACCUAGAAAGAUUGUUAGUAAGCUUUAG